GGGGCUGAAGCUCCCAAUCAAACCGGUUGAAGAACCUGCUGGUGCCGAGGAUCAACGAUCUGUCGGCGUAAAUUGGGGCCGCCGAGUUGUUGAGCGAGACAAGGCAGUCAGCCGGAAGGUACUUUCAGAGAGUGGCCGUCGAGCAUGGUAGCGAUAUUGGCGCCGAACGGGAGGGACUUGAGUGAUCGGACAGGGAAAGCGAUGGGAGGAGGUGGUUGGUGGAGCUGGGUUCGCCGGAAUUUGGUGUGCAGCGAACCGGUGCCUUCUCUUGAAUGCGUUUCUUUUCUUCGGCUUGGGUUUUGUUGGGCUGUUCGAUUUUUCCUCAAAUUGCAGGCAAAAAGUUAAGGGUGCAAUGUCUCUCUCUCUCUCUCUCUUUUUCUGCAAAUUUGGGCUGGUUUUGCAAUCAGUACUAGUUUAUGGGGUCUGAAUUGUUGUUUUUGUUGUUGUAUUGUAGAUACCCAAUUUGGCUCAAAUUUUUCUAAUUGGGUUUUAUGAGGAGCGUGAGUUUGCACUCUAUGUUUCUUCGAUUUCCAAUGAGCUUAGAGUGCCGGUGAGGUACUUGAAAGAGGAUAAACCACAUGGCUCCGCUGGUGGUAUUUAUUACUUCAGAGAUUUGAUCAUGGAAGACGGCCCGUCGCAUAUCUUUUUGCUGAAUUGUGAUGUAUGCUGCAGUUUUCCACUUCCAGAUAUGCUUGAGGCUCAUAUAAAAUACGGUGGAAUGGGUACAAUGCUAGUAAUCAAGGUUUCUGCGGAAUCUGCCAACGAGUUUGGUGAGUUGGUUGCUGAUCCAGUCACCAAAGAACUGUUGCAUUACACUGAGAAACCAGAGACUUUUGUAUGUGCAUGGUGCAGUUAGUGUACUGAUGCGAUACUAUGUAGUCAAAAAGUUAAGGGUGCCACAGGAGUGUGAGGGAGAUGGAUUUGUGGCAGGAACUGGAGAGGAUCUCGGCGGCGUUAGUGAUGGUUUGGGCGGAGGAGAAGUAGAGGAGAGAGAAGAAGAAGAAGAAGAGUGAGGUUGAAGAAGAAGAAGAAGAAGAAGCUAUUUUUCUUUGAUUUCUAGGGAGAGAGUCACCAUCGUCAUCGGAGUGGGUCUUGGGCUAGAAGAAAAUCCCAGACGAUGAAGAAGAAGCAGAAGAAGAAGAAGAAGAAUAAAUGAAAAGAAAAGAAAAAUAAAUUGACAAAAAAGGGUAAAAAGUCGAUUUUGCCCUUCUUCUUUUUUGCCACGUGUUUGCCACGUCAGCAAACAGACGGCACAGUCAGAAAUUUUGGACGGAAGUAUCACAUUGAUAGCAAUUUAGGUCUUUGGGUAUCACAUUGAUACUUUUGAGAGUUCGGGUAUCAAAUUGGCCUUGGCAACAUAGUUU